GCGGCCCCCACAGAACGGUCCAAAGCACAGGCACAGCACGCACUUCUUUCUCCCCCUCGCAUCGCAUCGCAGCUCCACACCAGCACAUCAUCUGCUUCUGCCGCUUCGCGGCGCUCUUCGAUCCUCGCUCUCUGCGUCUCCCGUGUCAAGCCCGCCGCCGGCGGUGUUGAAAUGGCCGUUGGAGCAGGCGUGCGCGUGGCGCCGUCGCCGUCGUCGAUGGAGUUGUGGGGGAGGAGGAGGAGGACGGGUACGGGGGCGGGGAGGCGCGGCGCAGCGGUGGCCGUCAGGUGCAGCUUCGUGAGCGAGGCGGGGGUGGGCGCGGCCGGCGGGGGCCUGGCGGAGGAGCACUACCGGACGCUGCGGCUGCGCCCGGGGUCCACCCGGAACGAGGUCAAGAAGGCCUUCCGCCGCCUCGCGCUCGUGUACCAUCCGGACGUUUGCAAGGACAGCGACCACGACACCGGCGUCGAAUUCCAGAAGAUCAACAUCGCGUAUCACAUACUGAUGAACAACAUGAGGGAGACCGAGGAGCGGCUGGAGUACUGGCGGCUCAAGUACGGCCUCACAGACCAGGAUCUCGACAGGUACAGGUACUACCUCAACGAAGACGACGGCGACUGGCUCGACAUGUGAAAAAAGAAGAAGAAAAAAAACUGCCGACGAUAGACACGGAGUUUUAUACAAAGCGUGCUUAUCCACAUUGACGACCUUAGUGGCUUACCAUGCCCUCGAUUAAUUCUUGUUGCAUUGCCAUGGCAGAGGCAGCAGCAUUGUAUGUAUGCAUGUAUAUAUUGAAGCGUUGUGAUGUGUACUUCUCCCCUGUUUUUAUAGUGGGUGAAGGGAUACGUACAGCUAGACUAAAAGUGUAGUCACACUUAUGUUUCAGAAUGGAGUGAAGCCCCUUGUUGAUCAUAUACGAAGAUUUGUGCCAAGAGUUGUGUUGCACAAGAGGAAUUCUAGUUUGGUAUAUGUUCAGUAAUCAGUACGAUAACAUAUACUUCCAAUGA